AUGAUGAGCGUGCAACAAAACGCCGCUAGUGAUGACAAAGAAUACGAUGAUCUCGUAUCAAUCAUUAGGAGGUCUCUCGAUGGAGCCCGUGAUGGAUCCGUACACGAACAGGCCAUUACACGUAGCCAUGAUUACUUGAUGCAACACACGUCAACAGAUCAUUGGUUCUGCAACCAACACCUUUAUCCGAUUGCGACCUACUCGUUGAUCCUUUUUUCGUUCCCAAAUAGCUCAUAUGGCCCAGACCUACAACCCAGCAUUGCCAGAUGCCUAACUACUUGUGAAAAUUGUCUACGCUGUUUCAGCAAAGGAAAAGCCGAGUUAAGACUAAGCUUUGCUACUAAGAGACGAAUUCCAAUCACCAACGUCCAGCAAUUCUUGAAUACAAUAACUGCAUGGGAGAGUUCGAUAUUAUCACCAUCGAUUAAAGCAUCAUACCUGCGCGUUGGUUCGAUACGUACAGACACAGACGAACAACUCAAGGUUGCGAUUCACUGGUGCAUGAAUAAUCCCGAUAUCUUGAGACAAUAUAAACCAAUUAGCGACACUUUUUCAAAAAUAAUUUCUACAUUGAUCAACCAACUGAAUGAUUAUAUACCACAAAAUUUGCUACCAGGAUUGGUUUAUCUAUUGUUUGAGGGGAUAGGUGAUGAAAAAUCGUGGGUGACUAGAUGGAUCAUGAAAUUGAGACAUAAACAGGUGGUGUACGACAAAGUAGGACUCAAUGAAGCAGUUGUACAGGAGUUUAAUAUCUAUUUAUACAAGAUUCAAGAUCCGUCUUUUUACACUGACAAAAACGCAAUCACGUUUUGGCAAAAUUUUAGUCAUAUCGUGGACUUUGUUAAUGAUGAUGCAUUUGAAACCAGACUUAAUAUGCCAAUGGACAUUGAAGUUAUGAGUCAAUACAAAAACUUAAGACUAUACCCCAUAAUAAGACUUCUUGCAAAUAGUUUAAUGUCCGGUUUGAAUGAGCCUCUACCGAUCUUGUUGAAAGUGUUUGGAAAGCUCUUGUGUCGCUUAAACUCACGUUUGUGGUCAGAAACCGGACCAAUCACCCACCUGCAAAUUUUAGACUGCGUCAAGUUUAAUCCUGCAUUUCGCAAGCAAUUGUUACAAGCUCCAAUGGAAGAGCAAACUGGGAACGAUUUGAAUUUAAACGACUUGCUACAAUGGAUGCACAGGAUGGUCGAAUCGGUUCCUCUGUCUGAGAAAGAAAAUGUUUGUGUAAAGUUGAGCGUGUUCUUAUUGAACUUUUCGGUUGACGGCACAACAAAUAAUUCGGGUGUGAAAAAAGAGACAUACUUGAGAAACUUUGGAUGCAAGCUACUCAACAGAGCUUUUGAGUUCGACGAUGAGGGUGAUUUGAGUAAUGCAAAUUAUACAGUAAAGCUACUGACUCAUAGGCAAGCGAGAGCUAAGAUUGAUUGUGUCAGUGAAGCUUUAGUUGCAUUAGCUGUGAACGCGAAAAGUGAAUACGCUAUAGAUCUUAUUACUAAGUGCAUCAGGUACGAUGUCGCCAUUCUAAGCCACAACAGUGUGUUGUUGCUCGAAUAUAAAAUCCCUUUAAUGUAUGACACAUUUCCAUUGCUUUGGGAAGCUUUAGCAAAGUCGAGAAUAAACCUGGAUGCGAGUUUUGCAAAAGAGAUUAUAAAGUGUCUCAAGAAAUUGAUUCUUGUGGUAAAAUUUCAUCCCACAAAAGUUGAAGGUGUUAACAAGCGGUUAACGGGGGCGAAGGAGCAACACGAAAGGUCUUUGGAAGUUGUAACCAAAUAUGCAAACCUGAUAUUUGGCAACAUCAGCCUUGCACCUCAGACUGUUCUCAAAGAAAUUUUGAGCGAUAUACAUUGUGUCGACGCUAUAUGGUCUUGUAUUUUCUCUCCAUUGAUCACUCAAUCGGCUUUGGAGCUUUUAAGUCAAGUUUAUGAAGGAAGUGGGAGGUUUGAGUGUGUUGAGGAAAGUUUGAGUCACAAUUUCAAAUUAACCUUGAGUGCAAUUAAUUACAGUCUCUCGGUAUUGACUAAUUUGGAAGCAUUCGAGCCAACACCCAAAGCAGUAAGGAUUAUCAUGGAUGUUGUGAAAGCACUUACAGAUCCCUUGAGUUCAAUUUUAUCCUUAAAGGACGUUGCAGGGGCAUUUAAGGAAGUUGAACAAUUUUGGAGCGCGACUUUAUCAUUUUUGGUUAUGAUCUACCAAAAGGCAGUGUUUUGGGCUGGUAAGUAUCACAUGCACGAGUUGGUCGACUUCACCAGGGACACUUUGGAUUUGAGUAAUCAAUUAUUGGAAUCUUUUCGUCCAUUUACCGACGCAAUCAGACCGUACGCUGGUGAAAAAUCUGCAUCCAAUUUGUUUGCAGUUUUUAUGAAUGCAUUCCAAUACAUGGUGUCGUGGCUUAAAUUAGGGGACUCAGCCCUCUUAGACUCAUGUGUGGCUCUUGUUUUCAAAGUAUUUGAUUUGGCCAAAGAUCGGAAGUUUGUCAUGGAUGAUGGCAUAAUUGAAAAGCUCGCAAACUUCGGUGUAAGAGCAAAAAAAUUCAAUAACAAAUUGAAGGAGGAACAGCGAAAUGAUAUUAUAUCGCGAGCAAGGCUGGUCAAUGAGAACUUGGUCAACAAGAUUGUUGAAAAUGCAUAUGCGAAAGACCAAUCGAAAAUCGAAUUUGUCAAGGAGGUAUCGCCAACUACUGCAAUCAAAUUUCAAAGUACGGCAAAGCAGCAACAAACAUUGGCGAGAUUUGGACAUGUUACAAGUGAGCCUCCGGUUGCUCCUCCACCAAAGGAAGUUAAGGGACUCAAUAGUCUUGAGAACAUUCGCCGGGAGCUAAACAACUCUCGGGUUGCCGCCAAGCCGGUAAAACCACCAGCACACGUUCCUGCACCUCCACGUCCGGCUGGUUUCAAUUCCAAAAGGGCGCCACCAGUGAUAGGCCGAUCUCUAAAUACUCUCAGACAUAAGAAAGUCACAUCAGAUUCGUCAGACGAUGAAGGCGAUAUCGACACCAGUGACCUAUUUGUUACCAAGAAAAAGGUGUCUAAAAUUACAGAGCUUGACAUGAACGGGAAAGUGAUCAAUCUGAUUGAUAGAAUACCAAAAAACAGAGCGCAGACUGAAAAGCUGGACAAGGAAAGGAUGAGAUUAAGAUUGAAUGUGGACCUCAAGCUGUUGUAUCUCACUAUAUUGCAAUGGAGCUACAACCUUAGAAAUGAUUAUCCUUCGGGUGACAAGUCAGCAUACACCAAGGUUAAGAACACUUACAAAGACGUCAAUGAAUAUGUAUCCGUGAUGGAGCCAUUGUUCAUGCUUGAAUGCUGGCAACAAAUUCAAUCAGCGAGAGAUACUGUAGUUGAGGAUCCGUUUCAAAUUCUUGUGGGAACAAGAACGUCAGUGGAUGGGUUCUAUGAUGUAUUCACGUCAAUGAGCAAAAAAACGAUUGAGAAUAGAAAGUUGACGGAGAGUGACUUACUUGUGAUUGCGUGUGACAACGAAUCAAUCAUCCAGCCUAAGGAGAGAAGAAAUUAUAUCAAGUCUCCCAACACUGCCUGCUGUUUGGCGAAAAUUCGCGAAAUCAAAUAUGUUAAUCCUGAGUACUCAGAUGUUACAUUGAGAAUAGCAAAAACUUCUCCACUUGUGGGAACAUUAGCACCCAAGGCAACAAUCAUUGGUAUGAGGGUGAUGCAAAUGGUUACCGUAGAGAGAGAAUUUUCGUCAUUGCGAGGAUUGCAGUACUAUGACUUGGUGGAUUCGAUCAUUCUGGCAACUCCCACCGUUCCAAAACAAGUUGAUGACAAGGAUGUGGAACACAUGCAUAAACUUUACGAUGUAAACAUGUCACAAGCAAAGGCUAUUAUUGGCUCUUAUCAAAGUGAAGGAUUUUCCUUGAUUCAAGGACCACCCGGGACGGGUAAAACAAAGACUAUCUUGGGUAUAGUUGGAUAUUCAUUGUCUCAUGGAACAAAUGAGAAAGUCAUUGAGAUGCCUUCCAAGUCCCUGUCUCCACCAUCGAAGGCCAAAAUUUUAAUCUGUGCGCCAAGUAAUGCAGCAGUUGAUGAAUUGGUGGUAAGAUUGAGAAACGGGGUUAAAAAUUCAAAAGGUGAACAUAUGCCUUUGAAGGUUGUUAGACUUGGAAGAAGUGACGCCAUCAACCCAGCGGUGAAGGACUUAACAUUGGAAGAGUUAGUUGACAAGGAGUUGCAAACUAAGCAAGUGGAAGUCGUAACUGAUCCAAAUCUUAGGUCCGAGCUCAACAAAAUGACUCAAGAAAGAGACAGGCUUAGAUCAAGACUCAAUGAUGAGACGUUGGACCCGAAGGAGAAAGAUGGCGUGCAACAAAAGUUGCUUGAGAUUAAUAAACAAAGAAGCGAGCUAACCAAAAAACUUGAUGAUCAAAGAGAACGAUCAUCCAUCGCAUACAGAAACAAGGAAAUUGAUAGAAGAAAUAUUCAAGCAAGAAUAUUGUCCGAAGCCAACAUUUUGUGUGCCACCUUGUCGGGAUCCGCACACGAUUUGGUUGCAAAUUUAUCAGUGACUUUUGAUCAAGUGAUUAUCGAUGAAGCAUGUCAGUGUUUAGAACUGGCAGCAAUAAUUCCACUCCGAUACGGUUGUAAAAAGUGUAUUAUGGUUGGUGACCCAAAUCAAUUACCACCUACAGUGUUGUCCCAAUCGGCUGCAUCUUUAAAUUACGAUCAGAGCUUAUUUGUCAGAAUGCAACAAAAUUACCCUGACUCCGUUUACUUGUUGAACACGCAAUACAGAAUGCAUCCUAUGAUUUCUAAAUUUCCAAGUGCCGAAUUUUAUCAGUCUAAGUUAAUUGACGGCCCAGGAAUGAAGGAGAAAAAUACACGACCCUGGCAUUUGAUUGACCCAUUGUCGCCGUACAGAUUUUUUGAUAUUGUGAGUAGGCAUGAGAAGAAUGAGUUGACACGUUCAUUGUUCAACAAAGAAGAAGCCAAUGUUUGUUUGCAAUUGGUACAGAAAAUGAUGACAAUGGUUCCGCAAAGUGACAUCGCAGGUAAAAUUGGUAUAAUCUCACCAUAUAAAGAACAAAUCAGAACCAUUAAAAGUGUAUUUGAAAGAGCUUAUGGGAGAUUAAUAUUCAAUGAAAUAGAUUUCAACACAGUAGAUGGGUUCCAAGGUCAGGAAAAAGAAAUUAUUAUCAUGUCAUGUGUUAGAGCUAGUGCUAACGGAAAUGUUGGAUUCUUAAGUGAUGUUCGUCGUAUGAAUGUGGCGCUUACCAGAGCGUGCACUACACUAUGGAUUUUGGGGAAUAAGACUUCAUUGGAGAGGGAUGCGGUGUGGAAGAGGUUGCUAGAGGAUGCCGAGAAAAGAAACACAGUGACAAAGGCUCAUUCCGGAUUUUUGACCAACUAUGCAACUGCAUCAUCAUUCAAUUCCAUCGAUAGAACUCCAAAGAGGCACCAAAUGGAUGGGCUGCAACCUAAAAGCAAGAAGCAAAAAGUUAAAGCUAGUCAGUACUUGCCAAAGAAACCAAAUGGAAGUUUUACUUCUCCAGCAGUUACAAACCCCCCUUCAACGAGCUUCACAAAACCAAUACGUCCGACCUCUUCUGGAACUCUUCCACUCAGACCGGGAAAUACAAAUCCUAUGAUGGAGAACAAAGUCGAUGGAGCAAAAGUUGUCAAUGCAGAAAGUUCUAAGCCAUCAGGGGUGGUACCGCCCAAAAUUAAAAAACUACCAGUCAACCCAAGUGUCGAUAACCGACCCAAUCCGACUUCUUCAGGCACACUUCCAAAGAAACCUCUUGGUCCGACAUCAUCCGGUAUCGUUCUUCCGCCUAAGCCUAAAGCACCAAAUUUAUUUAUCAAAAGGAAACCACCCCCUAGAAAAUGA